GAGAGAACGUCGCUUUAUUAAGCUAAUGUAUCAGGAGGGCUUCCUGAUCAAGGAAAUGGGUGCGGAUGGCGCGUGUCUCUUCCGUGCAGUUGCAGAUCAAGUUUACGGAGAUCAAGAAUUGCAUAGCAUUGUCCGGGAGGAUUGCAUGGAUUACGUUGCUACUCAUCGUGAUUACUUCUCGUCUUUCAUAACGGAGGAUUAUGAAACUUAUGUCUGUCGAAAGCGCCUUGCUUGGGAGUAUGGAAACCAUGUGGAAGUUCAGGCCAUCAGCGCACUUUACUGCAGAAAUAUUUGCAUCUACUCUUACUUGCCCGUCCCGAUCGUUGUCACUCCACUGACGGAGGCCUCUGGAGAACCGAUAAGCAUAUCUUAUCAUAAGAAUAUCCAUUACAAUAGCCUGGUCAAGAUUGAGGAUGGCAUGGACAUCUUUAACUCGUACACCACCGGCCACAAGAAAUAUCUCAAGAACAACACUCACAACAUGGGGAUGAGGCCUAAGAGAUUUAAGUUCACGGAUACAUCUAAAGAGAAGGACGAUCCUCACGAAUCCCACGACAUCGACAUUGACGUCCCCUCCAUGAAAAGCAAGAAUGAAGAUCUAUUCAACAAGUUGGAAAGUUUACUUGAAGCAACUCACUGGAACGCGGUUCAGACUUAUCGAACGUACGAGAUGAAGAAAGUGGGCGUAGAGGAGUAUACGUGGGGGAAGGUGAAUAGUGGUCCUUCAUUUACUCAGCCGUGUACGACGUGGUCAAAGUGCAAGGAUGGCUCAGGCUAUUAUGAGAAGUCCUGCCUGCCUGGUAAAUGGGAAUUUCGUGGAUCGUGGGUCUACACAUGCUCGGGAUCAAACCCUCACGCAGCCGAACAAUCCGCUAAGUUUGCUGCAGCAUACCGCAUCAAAUUAUGUGAAAUUGGAAGCCAGAUGUACCCGGACAGCUAUCCAAAAUGUGCAAAUCAACAAGAACGACACAAAGCGUUAAGCCAUUUGUCGCGUCUGGACCUCAUGAAGCGUUUGUUUUUGGAUGUAGAAGCUCGGAGAAAUCCAAUAACAAUGUUCAUUGAAAGAAGUCCUCUAGUUGCAAAAAAUGCUGUAACCUGCCAAUGGUACUCAACAGGAAGAGUUUACGGAUCGUAUGGAAAAGACGCACUCGAGGAAGCCUUGAAGACGUACGAAGAAACAAAGGAGGAUCAGUCUUUGGCAGAACUUGCAAGAAAGACCAAAAUUUCAUUUUGUACUCUAAGGGAUAACAUCGCAAGACGUCAAAUUGCUUUUGUUCCUCAUACGUCAGGACGAAAAGCACAAAGCGGAACCCCCGAAGACUACAAAAAAGCGAUUCGACUUUAUGUAGAAGAAAAGAAAAGCUUUCAAGAAGCUGCUAGAAUUGCGAGCGUUAACCCAUCUACUCUUACUGAUAAGGUCAGGAGCUUGGGAUUAAGUCGAUCAUUAUCGGAGGCAGCGUUGUGCAAAAUUAAGAAAAAGAAAUAGUGGUGUCCUAAGGGAUUCGUCUGUCUGGGCAUGCCAACGAUGGCUGGUCUAGCUUCGACAAGUUUUUUGCCUCCAUGUUAACUACGUUUCAACUCAUUAUUCUUGAUUACUUGGAAUGACUCUUAGUUGUUACUUUUUAUUGUAAAUGAAUCAAAUGCAAAUUAUUGUUUACAUACAUGAAUUAUUUCAAUUUUUUAUUUGUUAUUACAAAUACAUUCUCGAUAUUAUCUCUUUCUGUGGUUGAUUUUUUUAAAGUAAUAAGUACUUCAUACCUCUGGGAACAUAAAAAAUGAUAUAAAAAUAUUGCAUAACAUUUUUACAUCGAUAUUUUAGCAAUUCUUUGGUAUGGGGUAAUGUAAGAUACCAAAUUGUUGAGCUAAUUACAUAUAAAAUCAUAAAUUGUUAGCAUACAAUAUGAGUAGUUAGCUCCAAAUAUAUUUCCCUCCUGACGGACAACUUUGAAACGCAGGGAUCG